CUUAAUUUGCCAGCUUCUUGUUGCUUAACCUUUGAAUGAUCUUUCUGUUGAAGUUUUUUGAAUUUGGUUUUUGUUGUUGCAGAUAAGGCAGUGGAGAUAGAGUGUUGAGAAGAUGGAUACCAGAGCCAGGGUGUCUCUGCAGUCCAGGAAAGUUCCAUUGAAGCAUGAAAAAGAGAAGGCAGAAAUGCAGCCAACAGUCGCCACAAAGGCAGUGAAAAACCGACGAGUCUUGACCAAUGAGAGAAAAAUGGCUCUCCAACGAGAUGUUGAUAAACUGAAGAAGAAGCUUAGACAAGAAGAGAAUAUCCAUAGAGCUUUGGAAAGAGCUUUUAAUAGACCUUUGGGAGCUUUACCUCGUCUUCCUCCCUAUCUCCCUCCUUCAACAUUGGAGCUUUUAGCCGAAGUGGCGGUACUCGAAGAGGAGAUCGUCCGGCUCGAACAACAAGUUGUACACUUCAGACAAGACUUGUAUCAAGAAGCUGUCUAUAUAUCAUCUUCAAAAAGAAACACGGAAAAUCCAGCUGAUUCGAGCGAGGCGUGCCUGGAAAAUCCGAAAACUUUGACUCAGAAUUCAUCGAUGGCAAGUCAUCUGCAAUCAUUCUCCGAUGAUAAAAUGGAAAAAGAGAAUCAGUCUCGUACUAAUUCCACAAAGAGCAAUAAAGGACCCUUAGUACAUAAAAGCCAAUCUGUUGGAACUCCUUUGAAGAGACCUGUGAUCGAUGCGAAGCCAGCAGAGAAACGCUUAGAUCCUCCAAGAUCGCAGAUAGAAUGCAGAGUGAGAGACCAAGGCAAUGCAGAAGCAAGAAAUAUUAGCAUCCCGGCCGAGAGAAUGUUGAGAGUCGAUGGACCGAACAAGGUUUCGGAGGAGCUUGUAAAAUGUUUGUCCAGCAUUUUCUUAAGAAUGAGUUCAGUAAAGAGAAAUCCUACUGCAGAAACUUUCCCUUCAUUAUCAUUGAUUGGGUCGGAAGAAAGCCGUGAAGAAACCGGAUUUCGGGAUCCUUAUGGAAUUUGUUCAAAUUCUGCAAGGAGAGAUAUUGGCCCAUACAAGCAUUUAGUUUCAAUUGGUGAUGACUCGAUCAAUCUAAACCGAACUUCGAAUUCUUUAUUUCUGUUGCACAGAUUGAAACUCCUCCUUGCAAGACUUGCCUCCUUGAACUUGCAGAACCUUAACCAUCAAGAGCAGCUUGCAUUUUGGAUCAAUAUCUAUAAUUCCUGCAUGAUGAAUACAUUCUUAGAACAAGGAGUACCAGAGAGUCCAAAGAUGGUUGUGGAAAUGAUGAGAAAGGCAACAAUAAAUGUUGGGGGACACCAGUUGAAUGCAAUAACCAUAGAACAUUUCAUUCUCAGAUUGCCCUACCACUCAAAAUUUACUUUUUCUAAGGGUGCCAAGAAUGAUGAAAUGACCGCCAGGAGCAUGUUUGGAUUGGAACUAUCUGAAUCAUUGGUGACAUUUGCCCUUGCAUGUGGAAGCUAGUCCUCUCCUGCUGUUCGAGUAUAUACCGCUUCUCAAGUUGAGAACGAAUUGGAAGUGGCAAAGAGAGAGUACUUGCAGGUUGCAGUUGGAAUCUCAUCAACAAAGUUUGCAAUCCCAAAGCUGUUGGAAUGGUACGUGCUUGACUUUGCCAAGGACUUGAAAUCCUUGCUUGAUUGGAUUUGCCUUCAAUUACCUAGUGAGCUAGGAAAAGAAGCACUGAAGUAUCUUGAAAGAGCCCAAAGUGAGUCUCUCUUACAGUUUGUUCAAAUUAUACCGUAUGAGUUCAGCUUUAGGUACCUUUUAUGUACAUAAAUAAAUCAUUUUACCAUUCACUUAGAAUUUUGCUUACACAGUUCCAAGGGUGUUUGCAGUAUUGCUUUUGUACAGUCUAAUAUCAAAUACCAAGUAUAGAAUAAUUGUAAGUAGUUGUGUAUUUCUACAUGUACUUAAUAAAAGUUUGGGGAAGAACAAUAACAGAAGCCAGACUUUUUCCGGUUCGUGCCUAC